UCGGAAGAUGCUUUGGACAGCUCAGGACUCGCUGCCAAGCACUUCUGUGAAAUCUUUCAGAAGAGAUUAUGCAAGAAAUCAGGCAUUGGUUGUGCACAGCACAUCCAAAGAGAUGUUUGGGAGAGACUCUCAGUCUCUUGUAGUAGGACAGGAGUAUGAGGAUGUUCAGACAUUUCGCAAUGCGCUGACCAGCGCUGCCAUUGCUACAAACUUUGAGCUUCACAUAAUCCGAUCGGAUCAGAGACGUGUCACUGCCAGAUGUGCUGCUGAAGGGUGUUCAUGGCGAGUGCAUGCAUCAAAACUCCCACAGGUGAACACAUUUAGGAUACGAACAUUAACCCCAGAGCACUCAUGUGCAAGAUCAGGAGAUGCCCGCCACAAACAGGCAACUGCGAAGUGGAUAGCCAACUGCAUAAGGGAAAAACUUCGAAGGAAUAGAAACUAUAAACCAAGAGAAAUUUUGAAUGAUAUCCAUCGAGAGUAUGGUGUGCUUAUUACAUACAAGCGGGCUUUCCUUGGUCGCGAAAAGGCUUUGGAAGACCUGAGAUCUGAAUCGGGCAGGGAUACUGUGCCUGUAGAGAAUGAUUAUGAUCAUGUAUCUGAGAAUGAUAUGGAAGCGUGGGGUGAAAUACAUGAUCCCCCCAGAAAUAAACGGGCUAGGAUGAGUGAUAGCAAGGAGGUAAGACCCCUUCAUUGUACUCGAUGUAACCAAAUUGGACAUAAUAGGAGGACAUGUACGGUGAUUGAGCUCUUGCAAGAUGGAUCGAGCUAGAAGAUAUCCCUGUGCUCUGUAGUCACAUAGUCUGAAGGCAUUAGUGAUGGAAAUGUCGUGAUUAGAAUGUCAGCAUUCUGUGCAGAAGAUAUCACUGAGUUCAUUUUGUGCGUGGUUCAUUCAAGUGAUUGGAUCGUCAUGGUCACUGUAUGAUACGGGUUUGUAUCUAUAAAAAUUACAUAUGUGAUCUUCAAUUGUAGACCGAUACAAAUUUCAAAUUGAAUGGUAGUAUAUAAAAUGAUCAUGAAAGUCUCUGGUCUUUGCCUAUUUUUUCCUC